AUGUCGGAAGAAAUCCAAAUCAAGGACGCCAGUUUGGAACAAUUGAGAGAUGUUCUUAUAAACAAACCCAAUGACAUUGCCUUAGCCGAUAGGUUCAGAGCAUUAUUCAACUUGAAAUCAAUCGGGUCAGAUAGUGAGGAUAAAGAGGCUGCUCACAAGGCUAUAAAGUACAUCGCAGAGGCUUUCAAAGAUGAUUCAGAGUUGUUAAAGCAUGAAGUAGCUUACGUUUUGGGACAGACUAAGGACUUGUAUGCCGCUUCCUUCUUGAGAGAUGCGUUGACUGACAAGAACCAGCAAGUUAUGGUAAGGCAUGAAGCGGCCGAGGCUUUGGGUGCCCUUGGCGAUGUCGACUCUUUGCCAUUAUUAGAGGAUUACUACAAAAACGACCCAUCGUUGGAAAUCAAACAGACUUGUGAACUAGCCAUUGAGAGAAUAAAAUGGGAGAAUUCUGAACAAGCCAAAACUGAAAAAUUGGAAAAGUCAUUGUACGAAUCCAUUGACCCUGCCCCUCCUUUAGCCGUGGACUCCAACACGUCUGCUGUCGAAAAACUACAGGCUAUCUUGAAUGACCAGGAAAAGCCUUUAUUUGAGAGAUAUAGGGCGAUGUUUAGGUUGAGAGAUAUUGGUACCGAUGAGGCUUGUUUGGCUUUAGCUUCCGGAUUUGUCGACCCCAGUGCGUUGUUCAAGCACGAAAUUGCCUACGUUUUUGGUCAAUUAUGUAACCCUGUUACCGUCCCAUCUUUGAUUAAGGUGUUGAAAGACGAGUCGGAAGCCGGUAUGGUUAGACACGAAGCUGCUGAAGCUUUAGGUAGUAUUGCUACCGACGAAUGUUUGCCUGUGUUGAGGUCUUUCCUCAAUGACCAAGAACAAGUGGUUAGAGACUCUGCUAUUGUUGCCUUGGACAUGUAUGAGUAUGAAAAUUCCAAUGAGUUGGAAUACGCAACGGUUAAAUAG